GACAUGGGCUGGAACAAAUUCAGAGACACUCUCAAAAUGCGCGUCACGUUACUUCUGCUCUGUUACGUUUAUGCUUUGAAAGGCCAGGUUUUCCAGUAUCCAGGGUGGGUGAACGUGGAGGAUGGUGGUACCGUCAGGUUACUGUGCCGUACGGAAACUAUACUUUGCAACAACUUUGUUUGGACGAAAAUAGACCCCAGGACCAAGAAGCUUAUUACCAUGAUAAAUGAUACCAACGAUACUUGCGUCAGUGACGGACAAGCGACUGAAUUGGUUAAGGUCAUUAGAAACGCAAACGUGAAUGACUCCGGGACUUACUACUGCUCAGUGGAAUUGCAAAAGAUGCCCUUCGUCGGCAACGGGUCAAUUGUAAUAGUGACACAAGCAAAGAGAACCGAGCCCCCUCCGGUCGACAUUCUCUGGCCGCGUAGCGCCCAACCCCGCAUCCCUCUCCUGUGUGUGGUCUCCGGAGUCGUCCCGUCUGAAGUUCGCGUGUUCUGGGUCAUAGACGGGGAAGAGGACAGCGGGUUUACCGAGUCGUUUUGGACAAAAGACGGCGGGGAGGUGGUAGAGUCCGCCCAAAACCUGGUUCUGGUUCCUGCGGAGGAGUGGGAGAGAGGAGUCGUGUGCACGUGCGUGGUGGAGUAUGCCGGGAAGAACUUUUCAAAAAGCGUCCAAAAUGGAGGGAACCCUGACGCAUGCGCGGUGCUCCUCUACGGAGCUCUCGCUGGAGCGGCCCUCACCGUCAUCGUGGCGAUCUGCAUCUCUGUCUCCUUACUUCGCGGUCGUUCUGUGAGAAGCGAUGGAGACUCACGGGAACAGAGAAGAACCACGAACUUGGAGCCCAGACACCGUUCUGGGAAGCAACGAAGGGGAUCGCCGAUUGAUCAGACUAUGUCGCCAAGUUAAAGGAUGAUCUAAUGCCAGCAAGACACCUGGACAUGAUUGAUAAAGUGGACAGACCAGCCGAUGCCAGAGCUGAAGGUCUAUUUGCCGACGCCGGAAACGAUGAUGAAGGUGGCGUCUAUGCUUAUGCGGGAGCGGGGCACGCGAAGGCUGAGUAUAGCGUGUUUGAGGCGGAAGCGAAUGGGCCGAACGCUUCAGCAGAGUUAGUCGUUUCCCAGUCUAGGGUAAACGCAAUGGCCAGAGCUGAGUUGGCCAGCGUUUCGGCGAGCGAUGGCCUGCUGAAGGUGAAGGCGGGCCUGGGGGUCGACACCGGAGUGAGUACUGGUGCGGAUGGAGUGGAGGUGAAGGUUCUAGGCACCGGUGUAAGAAUUGGUCCAAAGCCUGCAAUAGCCGUGCUGGGAUCUGAAGUAGAAUGCUCCAUUAUGUGACUGUCCGUAUAAGAACGACCGAAAUCUUUCUGACAUUGUCGGGGAAAAUUCACAGAACAAAAGAUCUCCCUCCUAAAAGCAUGAUAAACAAUCACAAGACAAAACCAGACUCCACCUUAGUGAGCAGGCUGGUUCCUCCAAUACUCUCGACGAUGUAUGCUAAAAGUGUAUCAAUAUAUCCAUAUUAAGGUAUGAUAUGUACCCUGUAUAGUUUCAAACUGAUUAACUGCUAAAUUGUGCUAGAAUUACACAGUGAACCUCUAUGUAACCGGAAUAAAUAAAGCAGCCAGCUGGCGUCUCGAACUGUGUCAAGGACAGCGGGCAAAGCGAGAUAUGCCUUUACAGCUGGUUUCUCCGAGAUUCUCGAUGUUUUAUGCCAGAAGUGUAUCUAUAUGCAAGUGACUUAUAAUGAAUAUAUCCCAUGUACGCUGCUUGUUAUCAAAUCAAAUGAACCUAGAAUAUUAAUUAUAGCUGAGCUUAUGAAAACGCAAGAAACCACAGUGAAAACUGUUGAAAUGAGAGCAAGGAAUGCAAAGAAUGCGACGUACAUUUACUCACUUAGAAGAGAAUAAUUAAUCAAAUGUUUAG